GGAUGGCUCAGGAACUUCCUUGACAACUAACACAGCUGGUAUUUCAACAGAGUGCACACAUGCCCCUCUUAUCAAGGGUACUUCCACAGCCUUUUCAAGGAACCAACCAACGCCUCCAGACUCCCUCUUUGACGCCAUCUCUGUACCUGCUUUGAAGGUCUAAAUGCAAGAAAGCUGUGUGUCGGAUAAUUAGUGAUGGAAGAAAAAACCUCUAGGAGAACAGCAUCAAUACCCCAGUUUACCAAUUCCCCCACAAUGGUGAUCAUGGUGGGUUUACCAGCUCGAGGAAAGACCUAUAUCUCCACGAAGCUCACAAGAUAUCUCAACUGGAUAGGAACACCAACUAAAGUGUUUAAUUUAGGCCAGUACCGACGAGAGGCAGUGAGCUACAAGAACUACGAAUUUUUUCUUCCAGACAACAUGGAGGCCUUACAUAUCAGGAAGCAGUGUGCCCUGGCAGCCCUGAAGGAUGUCCAUGACUAUCUCAGCCAUGAGGAAGGUCAUGUUGCGGUUUUUGAUGCCACCAACACAACCAGAGAACGACGGUCACUAAUUCUGCAGUUUGCUAAAGAACAUGGUUACAAGGUCUUUUUCAUUGAGUCCAUCUGUAAUGACCCUGGCAUCAUUGCAGAAAACAUCAGGCAAGUAAAACUUGGCAGCCCUGAUUACAUAGACUGUGACCGGGAAAAGGUUCUGGAAGACUUUCUAAAGAGAAUUGAAUGCUAUGAGGUCAACUACCAACCCUUGGAUGAUGAACUGGACAGCCACCUAUCCUACAUCAAGAUCUUCGAUGUGGGCACAAGAUACAUGGUGAACCGAGUACAGGACCACAUCCAGAGCCGCACAGUCUACUAUCUCAUGAACAUCCACGUCACACCCCGAUCCAUCUACCUAUGCCGGCAUGGAGAGAGUGAACUCAACCUCAGAGGCCGCAUCGGAGGUGACUCUGGCCUCUCAGCUCGGGGCAAGCAGUAUGCCUAUGCCCUGGCCAACUUCAUUCAGUCCCAGGGCAUCAGCUCCCUGAAGGUGUGGACCAGCCACAUGAAGAGGACUAUCCAGACAGCUGAGGCUCUGGGUGUUCCCUAUGAGCAAUGGAAGGCCCUGAACGAAAUUGAUGCGGGUGUCUGUGAGGAGAUGACCUAUGAAGAAAUCCAGGAACACUACCCUGAAGAAUUUGCACUACGGGACCAAGAUAAAUAUCGCUACCGCUAUCCCAAGGGAGAGUCCUAUGAGGAUCUGGUUCAGCGUCUGGAGCCAGUUAUAAUGGAGUUAGAACGGCAGGAAAAUGUACUGGUGAUCUGUCAUCAGGCUGUCAUGCGGUGCCUCCUGGCCUACUUCCUGGAUAAGAGUUCAGAUGAGCUGCCAUAUCUCAAGUGUCCUUUGCACACAGUGCUUAAACUCACACCUGUGGCUUAUGGCUGCAAAGUGGAGUCCAUCUACCUGAACGUGGAAGCUGUAAACACACAUCGGGAGAAACCUGAGAAUGUGGACAUCACCCGAGAACCUGAGGAAGCUCUGGACACUGUCCCUGCCCACUACUGAGCCUUUUCCAAGAAGUCAAACUGCCUUAGCUCUACCUCCCACCUUUAAGAGCUGCUAUCCUUGCACUUCUCUUACCUUAAGACCCUGGACUUGGCCUACAGGUCUUGAUUUCUAGCUACAACCAAGGAGCUGUGUAGUUCUGAAUAAAACUUUUCCUUUCUUAAUUACCAAACCCUUAUUAAUAAAGAUUUUUCUUGCUGCCUAUAAAAA